GCGGGACGCCGACGACAGGAUGUCCAGAUAGAUUGUGUUGUGGAGAGAGAGAGAGGUAGAGACUGGCGCAGAGCCACUUCAGCGGUUGGCAGACAGCGACAGGCGACGAUCAGAUACGCUAAUCUUCAAACAUUUCCACCAGCAUUAUUGUGGAGAAGAGGAGAUGGCCCGGCGGCGACUGCAGGUCCACGCUCGCACCAUCAUCUCCAAGCUUGUGUCCACCCACCAUCUCAAGCGCCCUUGCUGGCCACGAGUCUUUCUCGCCCAGCAAGCCGCCCUCCCCCAAGGGUCAUCCAUCCUCACGCCGAAGUUCGUUCACUUCGCUCAGCCGCUUGUGCUGGCUCAUUCUUUCCCGUUGCGUGACCAUAGUCAUCGACGAAGCGCAUGCACACGAGCCAAAAGCAAAACAACUCACACUCCCACUCACAAUGACCAUUUUCAAGCUCGCCGCACCCCUCGUCGCCCUUGCGCUCACCGCGUCCGCAGCGGUCGUCGAGCCGCGGCAAGCAGCGAGCUCGACGUCGUCGUCCACUUCCACCGCCUCGGCGUUCAAAAGCACGUCAACGGCGAGCAGCAACACCAGUACGGCCCCCGCCCCCGGAGAGACACCCGGCUUUGUCCUCAACGGCGCGAUCGGCUCGUACCCCUGCGCCGUCGAGUUCAACCCUCUGGCUUACUCGCCGUUCGAUGUGCCCGGCUGUGCGAAUGCCCAACCGCCCGUGUACCCGGCCAACCAGAUCCGCCUGCGCGCGCCCGACGACUCGAUCCGCGCGACGUUCCUGCCGUACGGCGCCGCGGUCAACGAGCUCUGGGUCAAGGACCGCUGGGGCCAGUUCAGGGACAUCGCCCUCAGCUACGACAACUCAACCAACCUCAUCAGCGACCCGGUCCACCCCAACUUUGGGCCUGUCGUCGGUCGUUAUGCCAACCGCAUCAAGAACGGUACGUUCGAGCUGAACAAUAAGACGUAUAACACGCCUCUGAACGAGAACAACAUCGACACGCUGCACGGCGGUACGGCCGGCUACGACCGCAGCAGCUUCAAGGUCGUCGAUUUCAACUCAUCCUGGGUCCGCUUCUCGCACAACGACCCCGCCGGCAACCAGGGCUUCCCGGGAGAGGUCAACUCGACGAUCGACUACUGGCUCGAGGGCAACGCGACAUGGCGCAUCGCCAUGAACGCCAUCGCAUCCACGCAGACGCCCAUCAUGCUCUCCUCGCACGGCUACUGGAACUUGGAUGCCUACAACGAGUCGCAGAGCAUCUUAAACUAUACGAUGCACAUGCCGCAGCUCACCUCGUAUGUAGAGACGGACACGAUUCUCAUCCCGACCGGUCCGCUGCCGUCGGUCAAAGGAACGCCAUACGACUUCCGACAGCCGACCGUGCUGGGCGACCUGUUCAACCAGACUACCGGCGUUUGCGGCUUCAACUGCACCGGCUGGGAUAGCUGCUUUAUCAAUGGCAACCACACCGCCAACAACACCGACCCGGUCUUUGAGAUCUGGUCGCCCGCGUCGGGCAUCCGCAUGAGCGUAGUCACCGACCAGGUCGCGAUGCAGGUCUAUACUUGCCCCGGCAUCAACAACCCAGCCAAGGGCAGCCUCCCGCGCAAGCGCGCCCACGGAGGCAACUCGAAUAACCCCGCCGCCGCGAUCUACGAUGCCACAUCGUGCUUUGUGUUCGAGGCCGAGGGGAUCAUCGACGCGAUCAACAAUCCUUCCUGGAACGAGAACCAGAUCUACGGCCCGGACCGCCCGUACACGUGGAACACCGCGUACACUUUUAGCACCGUCAACCCGGACGGCAGCCCCGCGGCGCCUGUCGGCGCCAUUGCCGCAACAAGCAACUUGCCGGCUGCUAGGGCGGCCGCCGCCAGCAGCUCAGCAGCGCCGUCGCGCAGCGUCAGCUCCACCGCCCUGCUCUCCCUCGCAGCCGCUGCCGCCGCCCUGCUUGUCGCGGCCUAGUAAAUCAGGAAAAAGCGACGGCCAGCAAGAAGGGAAAUACAACAUCCAGUACUCUCCCCUGCUUUUUUCGUUCUUUUGGUUUGGAUCGAUGGAUGCAGUGUAAUACAAUCACAAAGCGCAAUCCACGCGCCUUUCAUUUUUUAGUUCAUGACAUGAUAUUACUCGUGGUG